AUGAAAAAAAAUGUUGGCCCGUCUCGCAACUUUUACCAAAACCGGUCUUUGUCGCCGUCGGUUUCUAAUAAUAAAGAUGAUACUAGCGUUGGGUUUAUGACAGAAAUGGGAAAUUUAUCAGAGCAACAGAAGCCAGAAACGUUUGAAAAGUCUCCAAACAGAUUUUUGGAACCGAUUUCCUCUGAUGAAGAAGAGAGCGAACCAACGGCUAGAAAGACCCGGAUGCGACCAUCUUCACCAGUCAUUGCUGAAGCGCAUCAAUGCUCUGGCUUACAUAAUAUUGGAACAAGCACAGAUAACCUAAUGGACACCAGUGAAGCUAAUAUCAUUGAAAGUCAUCUUGAAGCUGAUUCGACAACCAUCAACAAACCAAUUCCAAUCAACAUUGAAGACGAAGUUUUGCCAUUGAUAAAUCUGCAGCAAAAUUUGAGACGCCUUUCCGUGGAGCAUCGACGACUGAUCUCGUCAGAUUUCCAUAACGACAUUCCAAAUUUGACCUGGAAAGCGAAAGAUCCAUGUCCAGAGGGACUGACCGAACAAAGCAGGGAGACAUUGAGGAACUUGCCAACAGAACACAGAGAUUUCAUCUUGGAAAAUUUUUACAACGGACUCCUGGAACCAAUUUCUUCGGAUGAAGAAGAAUAG